AUGUUUCUCCUUAGAAGGAGUACAAGUGUUGUCUCACGACAAUUACUGGCGCCGGGACGGCAUGCCUGGGCUCCGAUACAGCCUGUAGCAUGGACAGCUAGCCGGCAGUAUGCGAAACGACCAAAGAAAGCAAAAUUAAAGCGCCCGAAGGCCAAGUUGAAGCCUCUUACCUUUCCAAUCCCGCCCUAUAUCUCGGCGAAUAAUCUGGCUAAUCUCUUGAAGAUGAACAUCAACACGCUUAUUGGUGAUUUAAAGAAGCUUGGGUUUGAAAAGGCCAAGGCGGACUACAUUAUUUCCAGAGACUACAUCGAGCUAAUAUUGGAGGAGUAUAGCUACCAACUGCCCUCCGGCAGGGAAAUUGUCACUCCGGAGAACGUUUACGAUGAAUUGAAGCAGCCUGCAGACCCGAAGGCCCUGAAGGACCGGCCACCUGUUGUGACGAUUAUGGGUCACGUUGAUCACGGCAAAACCACCAUAUUGGACUAUCUGCGGAAGUCGAGCAUCGUUUCGCAGGAGUUUGGUGGCAUUACACAACACAUUGGUGCGUUCCAGGUUGUCACACCUGUUUCGAAGCGGAAGAUCACGUUUUUGGAUACGCCCGGGCACGAAGCAUUUUUGAAGAUGAGGGAACGGGGCGCGAAUAUUACCGAUAUCGUUGUCUUGGUAGUAUCUGCCGAAGACUCAAUUAAACCCCAGACCAUUGAAGCGAUUAAGCAUGUCAAAAAAUCAGGGAAUGAGCUGAUUGUCGCCAUAACCAAGGUGGACAAACUCCGGUCGGCAAAAGAAAAGGAAACUGUGAUCAACAAAAUAAUGAAUGAUUUGCUACAGCAUGAAAUACAUGCUGAAGAUCUGGGUGGAAACGUGCCAGUCAUCCCGAUUAGUGCGAAGUCGGGAGAGAAUAUGGAUCUACUGGAGGAGAAUAUUAUCUUGGUUAGCGAUGGCAUGGAAUUGCAGGCUGAGGUAGGGAAAAAUACCCUAGUAGAAGGUUGGAUCUUGGAAAGUGAAGUCCAGAAAACACUGGGGAACGUUAGUACAGUUCUAAUAAAGAAGGGAAUCAUACGCAAGGGUGCUGUAUUGCUGUCUGGGAACACUUAUUGUAAGGUAAGGAAUUUGAUCGGCGAAAAUGGUGCUUCGGUCGCAAUGGCGACUCCUGCACAGGCUGUUGAAGUCACUGGUUGGAAGCAGCUGCCAAUGGCAGGCGACCAAGUUAUCCAAGUAGACUCUGAGGCUAUUGCGAAAAAAUACGUUGGCAAGCGUUUACACCUGAUCGAGCUAGAAAAAGAAGCCAGUACUGUAGACAAAAUGAAUGAAGCAAGGGCCCUAGUACAUGAAACACCAACUGAUUUGGGUACCGAUGACACUGAACCAGAACCAGUUGUCCCUGAGGGUCCCCGGAGUGUAAAUUUCAUUGUCAAGGCUGAUUUCUACGGUUCCUUGGAAGCUAUCACAGAAAGUAUAUCGCACCUAGGCAACGACGAAGUGAUAUGUAAAGUCGUCGAAGCAUCAGUGGGGAUCCCAACCAUCAAUGAUUUAAGUUUGGCGCGGAUAACGGAUAGUGUCAUUCUCUGUUUCAAUCUAGGUAACUUGCCAGGAGAUGUUCUAAACAACAAAGAAAAGAUAGAAAUACGGCAGUACACUGUCAUCUACAAGCUAAUUGAGGAUGUAACUGAGCGCUUGACCGAAAAUUUGGAGCCUAUCUAUGAGGAUAAGGUAAUAGCAACCGCAGACAUCAAAGAAAUAUUCAUGUUCGAUUUGAAACACAAAGUGAUUCGCAUUGCUGGUUGCAAAGUGAACAAUGGUAAACUCACUAGAAACUCAUUGGUUAAGAUCACACGUGGUCCAGAAGAAAAGGUCAUUUUUGAUGGCAAACUGGCGACCUUAAAGCAGGGCAAAGAGGCAGCGAAAGAGGUAACCAAAGGAAAUGAAUGUGGUGUCACAUUCGAUGAUUUUGAAGAUUAUUUAGCAGGCGAUAAAAUAUUGGUUUAUGAAAAAGUCAAAGUUCCUAGAUAUUUGUAA